GUUACCUCCUCCCUUCCUCUCCCUCCUUCUUCCUUCCUUCCUUCCCUACUUCUCCUCCUUUUCCAUCUUCUCACCCUCUUCCUUCUCUUUCUCUUUCUCCACCUCUCCCUCCUCUUCCUUCAUUGUCUGUCUCUAUUUCUCUUCACUUCUUCCUUCCUUCCUUUCAAUUUGCAAAUAGCUAAAUUGAAACAGCAUGUAUUUAUAUUAUGCAACAUGAUGUUCUGAUAUAUAUGCUCAUUGUGGAGUGGCUAAAUCAACUAGUUAACAUAUACAUUACCCCACAGAGUUACAUUUUUGUGUGUUUGGUGAGAACAUUUAAAAUCUAAUCCCUUAGCAGUUUGCAAAUACACAGUGCAUUGCACUAGCUAUAACCACCGUGAUAUGUAAUAGAUAUCUUGAACUUAAUCAUCCUGUUCAACUGGAAUUCUGUGUCCUUUGACCAGCUUUGCCCCAACCUUCCCACUGCUCAACUUUAGGUAAUUCUGUUUUACUUUUCUGUAAAUUAAACUUUUAAACAUUCUGUAUAUAAACGAAGGCACAGGAUAUUUGGUUUUGGGGCCUGGUUUAUUGUAUUUAAUAUAAUUUCAUCAAGUUUCAGCUAUUUUGUCAUAAAUGACAGGAUUUUCUUUCUUUUGUAUAGACUCAGACCAAGUCUGCAACCUGGGAUGAUGGCUGUGCAGAAUUAUUCUGUGGUGUCAGAAUUUUUGUUGCAUGGGCUCUGCAAAUCAUAUUAUCUCCAAUGUGUUUUAUUUGUACUUUUCUCUGGUAUCUAUAUUGCCAUUAUGCUGGGCAAUCUCCUCAUUGUGGUUACUGUGAUUUCUGACCCUCGCUUGCAUUCCUCCCCCAUGUACUUCCUACUAGGGAAUCUAUCUUUCCUGGACAUGUGGCUCUCCUCAUUUGCCACCCCCAAGAUGAUUAUGGAUUUCCUUAGUGAUCAAAAGCUCAUCUCCUUUGGAGGAUGUAUGGCUCAAAUCUUUUUAUUGCACUUUACUGGUGGAGCUGAGAUGGUGCUGCUGGUUUCUAUGGCCUAUGACAGAUAUGUGGCCAUAUGUAAACCUUUGCAUUACAUGACUAGGAUGAGCCGGGAGACUUGUAUGAGGCUGGUGUUAGUUUCUUGGGUCAUUGGAUUUGUGCACUCCAUCAGUCAAAUAGCUUUCACUGUGAAUUUACCUUACUGUGGCCCCAACGAGGUAGACAGCUUCUUCUGUGACCUCCCCCUUGUCAUCAAGCUUGCCUGUGUAGAUACUUAUGUCUUGGAUAUACUUAUGAUCUCAGACAGUGGCUUGCUUUCCGUGAGUUGUUUUCUGCUCCUCGUGAUCUCCUACGCUGGGAUCCUCCUCACUGUCCAACAGCGUGCAGCUGGUGGUGUAAGCAAAGCACUUUCUACUUGCUCUGCACAUAUCAUGGUAGUCACACUGUUCUUUGGACCCUGCAUUUUCAUUUAUGUGUGGCCUUUCAGUAGAUUUUCUGUGGAUAAGCUCCUGUCGGUGUUUUAUACCAUUUUCACUCCACUCUUGAACCCUGUCAUCUACACGUUGAGAAAUGAGGAGAUGAAAACAGCUAUGAUGAAAUUGUGGAAACGACAAGUGACUUUUCACUGAAUU